GCAGUCAGCUAUGAAACCACAUGCCUCGAUCUGAUUAUAACUAUUCAAAAUGGCACGCUUCAUGUUUCUAGUGCCAAUUAUAGUUCAGCUGCUGUUUCUGCAAGUCGUAACAUCACAGAAAAGCAGGAAAGUCCUAUCACACUCAGAAAGGAGGGUAAACAUUUGGAUCCCAGACGCAGACUACAUCACAAGAUGUGAUUUCAACAACAACUCAAGACCAUUUUGUGACUGGAUCCAAACUUGCAAGGGUGACAGUGGAAACUGGAUAAGGAACAAGCAUGCUACACCCACACUGGGAACAGGUCCAAAUGGAGACUAUCCGAAUGGAGAUGGAUUCUUCAUUUAUCAGGAAGCCAGCAAUUUUGCUCCAUCUGGAUCCAUUAGGUUGGAGAGUAAGGAGAUCAGUGUGUCUGGGGAAAUAUGCAUCGAUUUUUGGUACCACAUGAUGGGAUCAGAGGACCAAAAUGAACUGAAGGUGUUGGUUACAGACUAUGCAACUGAAAGAGAGGUGUGGAGUGAAAGAGGCAAUCAGGGCUCCUCCUGGCUGUACACUUCAAGAACAGUUAAUUUUCCAACAAAAUCCAACAUACAGGUAAUAUUCGAGGCUGUUCGUGGACGCACUGAAUAUGGCGACACAGCGAUUGAUAAUGUAGCUGUCAGACGUGGAAACUGCGACAGUGGUAAGAUUUGAAUAAAGGC